CCUUUUGUCUUGAAACUUUGUUUUUGUAAUUUAUGUCUAUUUAGUGUAUUUCACCGAUGUUAUUAUUAACUCUUAAACAUUUGCUUUCUGGGACAUGAACUCAUGACGAGUUAAAAUGUAGAAGGUUCAUUCCGACACAACAGUUCAUGUAAAUCAGCACAAGUAGUGACCUCAAACUAAUGGACGUUGAAUAAGGAACAAAUACAGUAGAAGGCCACGCUUUAAGCUACUGAGGCAUUUUAACGUGGAUUGACGCGCUGCCUGUUGCCUUUCAUUUGAGAUGCGGUUUAGUCCAUUUAUUCGCUAUCUGAUGCCUCACAUCACACGUUACACGCAUACAUCCACACGCCAUAUACAGCGGUUCAUUCUAGUCCGGUAAGAAACACCUGCCGAUUCCCCAAAGGUUCCUACCCUAUAAAUCCUGACCCGCCCUCUCGUGGCGGCACGCCAGCACAACACGACCCGAAGCAGCUACCUCGUGCGAAUGUACCGUGACGCCAUUAGUCCAACGAGACCCCCCAAAACCCGUUUUGUAGUGGUCUUUAUUGACCACGUGCCUGCGUCAUGUCUCCGUCCGAAGCAAAGACUCCCGAGUGGAAAACAACCAUCAUAGUCAGCUCGUCUCUGCAGAACCACGACACCAACAGGAUCUUAAGCGGCCAGCAGCACCGAGUCAGGUUUUCGGACAGCGUUCAGUCUGGAGCCUUUAUUUUUCCUCUGUCAGGUACUGCAUUUCUAUUGGUUGACCCCCAAGACCUCCUCGGACAUUUGGAGGAGUCUGGACUCAUUGAGAGGAUACAGACUUUUGUGCAAGUACACAGGAACAGUUUCCUACUCCUCUUCGCCCCCUUUAAUGGGAAAAAAGAGUUGGAAAUAUUAUCGAUGGUUCAACGCAGAUUCUUUGGCAGCAAUCUCAGGAUCCUGCCUGUACGAAACAACGCAGAGCUCGUCAAAGGAAUGUUGACAAUUGCCAAGGCCACCAGUAAGCCGCACGUAGACCUGAUCCGCGAUCGGAUGUCCGUGGCCCGGGCUCACGUCGUCGAAAGCAGUCCCGUGUGGGAGAUGCUUAGAGACCUUCUGUAAAGCCCAGCACACGUCCCACCAGUUGUUCAGACACACACACACACACACACACACACACACACACGUAACACGCGUUCUGUUUUAUUUGAUGCUGACCAGUACAAGCGUUGCUUGGCAAAUGUUCAAAAGCAAGUUUAAAAAAUGUGUUUCAAUAUUUUUGUACGGUUUGUUCUAUUUUGUAUUUCACAUUUUUGGCAUAAAAAAAAGAAUAAAUUAAAGCAUG